GGCGGCCUGGGUGGGCGGUGGAUGGGGAGUCGUGAGCCGAGAGGAACUAGGCCCGGGAAGCGCCGUCGCCGUCGUCGCCGCUCACGUUCCCCCGGAGGAGCCUGAGGAAAAGCCCAGGCCGCGGGCCUCGCUAUCGCCCGUCAGCCUGCGGAUAGGCCCGGGCGCGCCUGGCCUGCUUUUGUGUAGGCCCGUUUGGAGGUGGGAGCGCCGCCUGCCUGCCGGCUGAGCCCGAAGCCCGCAACCCUGCGGCGGCUACCCUCCUACGGCGCGGCCCCUCAUCCCGGCGAGCACGGCGGCUGUGUGGGCCAUGGAUUAAGAAGGAGGCGGCGUGGGAGGAGGAAGAUGGCGGCCGGCAAGAGCGGCGGCAGCGCUGGGGAGAUUACUUUUUUGGAAGCUUUGGCUAGAUCAGAGUCUAAGAGAGAUGGAGGUUUUAAAAAUAAUUGGAGCUUUGAUCAUGAAGAAGAAAGUGAAGGAGAUACAGAUAAAGAUCGGGCAAAUCUACUCAGUGUAGAAGAAGAUGAGGAUUCUGAAACCUCAAAAGGAAAAAAGUUAAAUCGACCAUCUGAAACUGUUGCUGCUAGUUCUGAUGAUUUCAUCUUGAAGACAUAUGUAAGACGAAAUAAGACUGAAAGUUUUAAAACUUUGAAAGGCAACCCAAUUGGACUUAACAUGUUGAACAACAAUAAGAAAUUGAGUGAAAAUACACAAAAUGCAUCAUUAUGUUCUGGAACUGUAGUUCAUGGUAGACGUUUUCAUCAUGCUCAUGCACAGAUACCAGUAGUAAAAACAGCAGCCCAAAGCAAUCCGGACCGAAAAGAAAGGAAAGAAUAUCCACCUCAUGUCCAAAAAGUUGAAAUUAAUCCUGUAAGGUUAAGUCGGCCCCAAGGUGUUGAACGUAUAAUGAAGAAAACAGAAGAGUCUGAAUCACAAGUAGAACCUGAAAUUAAGAGAAAAGUCCAACAGAAACGUCACUGUAGUACAUACCAGUCUACUUCUCUGUCUCCUGCUUCAAAAAAAUGUUUAACCCAUUUAGAGGUUUCUGAACAGCGUGAAUGUUGCCCAAAAUGUGGAAAAGAGAAAGAAAAUCAGUCCAAAUGCCAAAGUUGUGGUAUUAGUUUUCGUAAUGAUUUACAAAGAAACUGCAGACAAGCUAUAACUUUAAAUGAACCUACUGGACCAUUAUUAAGAACGUCAAUACAUCAGAAUUCUGGAGGACAGAAGUCACAAAACAUAGGAUUAACAACCAAGAAGUUUUAUGGUAACAGUGUGGAAAAAGUUCCAAUUGAUAUUAUUGUGAAUUGUGAUGAUAGUAGAAAUAAUUAUUUACAGACUAAUGGAAAAGUCAUUUUACCUGGGACAAAAAUACCCAAAAUCACAAACUUGAAAGAAAGAAAAACAAGCCUGUCAGACCUAAAUGACCCAAUCAUUUUGUCCAGUGAUGAUGAUGAUGACAAUGACAAGAAUAACAGAAGAGAGAGCAUAUCUCCUCAACCUGCUGACUCAGCAUGUUCUUCCCCUGUACCAUCCACUGGAAAAGUAGAAGCAGCACUAAAUGAAAAUAUCUGCAGAGCAGAGCAUGAACUAAGAAGCAUUCCAACAGAAUCAGAAUUGAAUACAGUUACAUUGCCAAGAAAAGCAAGAAUGAAAGAUCAGUUUGGCAAUUCUAUCAUCAGCACACCUCUAAAGCGUCGUAAAGUGGCUUCUCAAGAAACUUUAGUUAAUUCUUUAUCUUUAAGCUGCCAAAGUUCGUUUGAAAGUGUCAUUUUAAAUUGUCGAAGUAUACGAGUAGGAACACUGUUCCGACUAUUAAUAGAGCCUGUUAUUUUUUGUUUAGAUUUUAUCAAGAUACAUCUAGAUGAACCAGAAAGUGAUCCUGUAGAGAUUAUUUUAAAUACCUCUGAUCUAACUAAAUGUGAAUGGUGUAAUGUACGAAAAUUACCAGUCGUGUUUCUUCAGGCAAUACCAACAGUUUAUCAAAAACUGAGCAUGCAAUUGCAAAUGAAUAAGGAGGAUAAAAUUCGGAAUGAUUGUAAAGGAAUAAAUAAGUUAUCAAAUUCGGAGGAACAAUACAUAAUUUUGAUUUUUCAAAAUGGCCUUGAUCCUCAGGCAAAUAUGGUAUUUGAAAGCAUCAUUACUGACAUUGGUAUAAAAAAUAAUGUUCCCAAUUUUUUUGCAAAAAUUCCCUUCGAAGAAGCCAAUAGCAGACUUGUUGCCUGCACCCGAAGCUAUGAAGAGAGCAUCAAAGGAAGUUGUGUGCAAAAAGAAAAUAAAGUUAAAACUGUAUCAUUUGAAUCCAAAAUACAGCUUAGAAACAAACAGGAAUUCCAGUUUUUUGAUGAUGAUGAAGAAACCUCAGAGAGCCAUACCAUCUUCAUUGGACCUGUAGAAAAAUUGAUCGUGUAUCCACCACCUCCAGCUAAGGGAGGCAUCUCUGUUACUAAUGAGGACCUGCACUGUCUAAGUGAAGGAGAAUUUUUAAAUGAUGUUAUUAUAGACUUUUAUUUGAAAUAUUUGGUGCUUGAAAAACUGAAAAAAGAAGAAGCUGACCGAAUUCAUAUAUUCAGUUCUUUUUUCUAUAAACGCCUUAAUCAGAGAGAGAGGAGAAAUCAUGAAACAACCAAUCUGUCAAUACAACAAAAACGGCAUGGGAGAGUAAAAACAUGGACCCGGCAUGUAGAUAUUUUUGAGAAGGAUUUUAUUUUUGUACCCCUUAAUGAAGCCGCACACUGGUUUUUGGCUGUUGUGUGUUUCCCUGGUUUGGAAAAACCAAAGUAUGAACCUAAUCCUCAUUACCAUGAAAAUGCAGUCAUACAAAAAAGUUCAACUAUAGAAGAUAGUUGUAUUUCUUCUCCUUCUGCCAGUGAAAUGGACAGUUGUUCACAAAACUCUUCUGCCAAGCCUGUAAUUAAGAAGAUGCUAAAUAAAAAACAUUGCCUAGCUGUAACUGAUUCAAGUGCUGGACAGGAAGAAAGUGACCCUUGUUAUCGGAGAAACAUAUGCAGUGUGAAAUGUAGUGUGAAAAAAAUAAAUCAUACUGCAAGUGAAAAUGAAGAAUCCAAUAAAGGAGAAUCUGCAUGCCAGAAAGUAGUUGAUAGGACUAAAAAUGAGAAUGGCCUACAGAAUGAAUGUUUGAGUUCUGUGCAUCAUCCAGAUGGCUUAAGCAAAAUCAGACUAAGCUAUGGUGAUGAAUCAGCUGAAGGUAGUAAAAUGCUUGAAGAUGAACUAAUUGACUUCUCAGAAGAUCAAGAUAAUCAGGAUGAUAGCAGUGAUGAUGGAUUCCUUGCUGAUGACAAUUGCAAUUCAGAAAUAGGACAGUGGCAUUUAAAGCCUACUAUCUGUAAACAACCUUGUAUCCUACUUAUGGAUUCACUCAGAGGCCCUUCUCGGUCAAAUGUUGUCAAAAUUCUAAGAGAGUAUUUAGAAGUGGAAUGGGAAGUUAAAAAAGGAAGCAAAAGAAGUUUUUCUAAAGAUGUUAUGAAAGGCUCUAAUCCAAAAGUACCACAGCAAAACAACUUUAGUGAUUGUGGUGUAUAUGUAUUACAGUAUGUAGAGAGCUUUUUCGAGAAUCCCAUACUAAAUUUUGAGCUACCUAUGAAUUUAUCAAACUGGUUUCCUCCCCCAAGAAUGAGAACAAAAAGAGAAGAAAUUCGAAAUAUAAUUCUGAAGCUGCAAGAAGAUCAGAGUAAAGAGAAGAAACAGCCUAAGGACAGUUCCUCAACAGAAGCAUCUUUAGGUGAAAGAACAGAACAGUAUGUCAACAGUGUCUCAGACUGACCAGAAGACAAUUGUUGCUUGUGGCUUUCAGAAAUAAAAUGACUUUCAAUUUUGGGGACAGACAGUAAAGAACUGAAGUACUCACUACUCAGAGUGAUUUGGAGAUGUUAAUGCUUGUAUAAAUGUCAUAUAAUUAAUUUCCAAAGGAGUAUGUAUUAAGUAAAAGUCUGUAAAUAUGUUAAUGAAGCCAAUUUUUCCAGCAUUUAUAAUUAUUUUUUUCACUUGUUAGGAAGCUUUUGUUAUGUAUUUUCUGUUAAUAGUACUUAAAACUGCAACUUCUAAACACAAAAUAAAUAAAAAAAUAUUUAUAGGAGGAAAUGAUUAAUCUGAUACAUUCUUUAGUGAACUUGUAUAGUUCCUUCAGUGGGUUUGAUUUAUUUUAUGGGAAUAGUUAAGUAUCUAUGAUAAUCUUUUUACCUUUUAUAUUUGUUCUAAAAUAACUCAAAAUGUGAAAAUAAUAUUAAAUCUAAGGCACUUUCAAUUAAGAAAACAUCUUUAUAUACUUGUACAACAGGAAAAAAGUACAGCUUUUCAAUUCAUACACUCUCAUGUGUUAUGAAAAACCAAAAGUGUAGUAAAUAUUUAUAUAUAAUUUUCACAUACUUAGGAAUAAACAGCAUUGAGUAACUUAAAGAAAACUACCCUUGAAUUAUACUACCAAAAAAUAACUAGCAUACAUUAUUAUCAAAUGGAUUUUUGAAGACAUCAAAGACUCAGGUUGAAACUAUUUGAUAAGUGCAGCUUGAAUUUCAAAUAUCCCAUGUUACCUUUCUAUAUUAUAUCUUCAAAUAUGCUGCAAUCUGUGUGAUGUAGUUAAUUGAUAAACAUUUUUAAUCUGCAUAAACAGGAAUUUAAAUAGGAAUUGCUAUUUUUUGUAACAACUUUUGCUAUUUUUUAUUGCUCAUUUUGAUCUUAUUUUGAUAAAGUAUCAAAAUCACUUUUGCUUGAGUUUUUCAGUGCAAAUUAUUUUUACAUGUAAAAGUACUGUCUUUAAUCACAUAAUGCAGCAAAAAUCUCCCUUUGAAAUGCUAAAAUAUGGGUCUAGGAAUAUAGCUCAGUGGUAGAGUGCAUACUUAGCUCAUGUGAGGGCACUGAGUUGAAUCCCCAGCACCAAAAAAAUAAAAAUACUAAAAUGUGAAGAUUCUGAUGAUACAUUUGCAACUCAUAUAGAGCUUGCAUAUAUUUGUAGAAACUUCAUUAUUUUUCAAAUGAAAUCAUAUACAUUCUUUCCAGAUGAGACUUGAAAUAUAUAUUUUAAGUCAUUUUUUGUUAAAUGAGGAAUGAAUUUUUAAAUGCAAGUAUAACAAAAAUAAUAAUUUUUAAAAGGCCAUUUCUAUUGUCAGUAAUUAUUUUAUUUUUAACUUGGCUGGCUCUGGUAUGGUGAUAAACAGUUUAGAGGGUUUUUAGUAAUAACUUAGUUCUAAUGGUUAGAUAAUUAAUUCAGUUAUGAAAAGCAAGAGUUGUACAGCAAAAUGCUUUUGGAUCUCUAGCGAAGCGAAGACAAAAAAGCGGAACAUCUUUUUAAAAACUAAUACCUAAGUUUUUUCAAUGAACUGUAUUUUGCUAGAAUUUGAUGGUACUGAAAAAAACUAUCCCAGGGGCUGGAUGUGGUCGCACAUGCCUAUAAUUGCAUCUGUUCUGAAGGCUAGAAAUGAAGAUCACUUGAGCCUGAGAGAUCAAGAUCAACCUGGGCAACAUAGAUUCUAUCUCGAAAGAAAGAGAGAGAGAGAGAGAGAAAAGCUAUUCUAAAGUGUUUUUUUUUUCUUUUAAUUUCAAGUGGUUACAUUUUACAGAUAAUUUUUGAUAAACUAAAAUUAUAACUUGUCCCUUGGGCCAACUCUUAUCAGUAUUUUAAUUUUAAUAUGAAAAAUAUAGAUUGAUGUAUGUCAACUAUCUAGAGGUAAGAGUACUCAGAUAUUUGGUAUUUGUCCCACCCUGUGUGAAAUUUUAUUUUUGAAAGUAAUGCAUUAUAUAUUGCAUAUAUAUUGAAAUCUUUGGAGGCUGUCAGGUUGCACUUAAUAAUUAUGUACUCUGGUACCUUCUAUAUGUAGUUUAGAGUGGAUAUCAGCCUUUUAAAAUGUGAUUAAUAAGUAUUUAGAAAUUGUGAAACAACUUUAAGGUCUAGAGGUUUGCUACUAGACACUGAAACUGCAUGACGAGUAUCUGGUGUCUUAACUAAUUAGAUAGAUCUGUUGUAUUGGUUUUCUUGUGGGAUAGAAUAACAGUUAAUCAUUUUUAGAAGAGUUUUAGAUUACUUGCCAUAAAAUUUGUAUGUAUCUUAGCUCUUGAUACUUUAGGAGCAAAAGUGAUGUUUAACUAGUCCCUUCCCUUUAAUGUUGCUGUACCUACUUCAGACAGUUGAAAACUUAAUCAUUAUUUCAAGUUCAUUUAAGCCUAGAAUAGUUAGCUUUUGUUUGCACAGUAACCUGUACUCAAACUCUUAAUUAAAUGUAGGAGGUUUUACUUUAAAACACAAAAUGGUUACAUAAAUUACAUCUUGUUUUAAGUCACCAAAAUAAAUUCAGUAUUUUUUUUUAAAAACCAUUCAUGAUCUCUGAAGACUAUAAGAUGUAAUGUAAAAAGAAUAACAGUUUUAAUUUCCUAAAAAUUAAAAAUGUACUUGAAAGUCUCAGAUAAUUCACUGGAAAUAAUAAAGAAUAUAUUUUAAUAUGUAA